AUGGAAGAGAAGGCUGGCGAGACCAGCAAACCCAAGCAGGAUGAGCCGAAGGCUACUGCUCCAGCCGCACCCGCAGCCACACAGGCACCCGCAGCCCCGGCCAGCACCACGGCUGCCCCUGCAGAGGAUGUGCCCGAUCCGGACGAGGAUGACCUAGACGAUCUUGACGAUAUGCUGGACGAGUUCUCCACCGUGAAGCUCGCGCCCAAGGAGCCGGAGCCAGCCCCCGCCUCUGGCCCCGGCAGGCCUGCUGCUGCUGCCGCCGUCGCUGCUGCUGCCCCGGCGGCACCUGCGACCGACGGUCCCGCAGACCCUGUGCUGGACCCGGAAGCCGCCCUCUCGGAGGAGGACUUUGCGCAACAGCUGCAAGCCGGCAUGGCUGACCUGCUCGGCGAGAUGGAGAACUCUCCCGAGGUGCAGGCUCAGUUUGAGAGCUUCUUUAGCCAGUUCAGCGCAGCCGGCGGCGAUGGCCUGGGCGGAGGCGGCGCGGCGGCGGGCGCGUCUACGGCAGCGGGCGCGGCUUCGGGUGCUGCCGCCGGCGCGGAGGCUUCGUUCCAGGAGACCAUCCGGAGGACGAUGGAGCGCAUGCAGAACUCGGGCGACCAGGCUACAGCGGCGGCCACGGCCGGCGGGUCCGACGACUUUAUGGCGGAGCUCAUGAAGCAGAUGGGCGGCGGCCUGGAAGGCGGCGAGGGCGGCGAGGAGGACUUCUCCAAGAUGCUGCUCGGCAUGAUGGAGCAGCUCACCAACAAGGAGAUCCUGUACGAGCCGAUGAAGGAGCUCCACGAGAAAUUCCCGGACUGGAUGGAGAAGAACAAGGACAAGACCCCCGAGGAGGACAUGAAGCGCUACGAGGAGCAGCAGCUCUUGGUCAAGGAGAUUGUGGCCAAGUUUGAGGAGCCGACGUACGCCGACUCGAAUGCGGCCGACCGCGAGUACAUUGUGGAUAGGAUGCAAAAGGCUGACACUCGCAAACAGAUGCAAGCUGCGGGAUCGCCACCGUCUGAUCUGGUGGGCGAUAUGCCCAGCGCCCAGGACGCAUUUGGUGGACCAGAUGAGUCUUGUAAUCCACAAUAG